AUGUACUUUUUCCUAAGCAACUUGUCUGCAUGUGAAAUCAUUUUGACCACGAACAUUGUGCCUAAUAUGUUAUAUUUACUAACGGUUGAUCUUGGAAUCAUCUCCGUAACAGAAUGUUUUCUUCAGUUUUACAUGUUUGGAACUUCUGCCACAACUGAAUGUUUUCUCCUUGCUGUCAUGUCCUAUGACCGUUACUUAGCCAUCUGCCGUCCACUGCAUUACACCUCUAUCAUGAAUGAAAGACUUUGCGUUAAGCUUGCUGUUGUUGUUUGGACAGCUGGUCUUAUGGCUACAUUAGGGACAAUUAUCCUGAUGAGCAGUUUGCAGUUUUGCAAGACUAGUGGCAUUGACCAUUUUUUUUGUGACCGGGAGCCCAUUUUAGAUCUUUCUUGUUCAGACACAACUGAAGUUAAAGUGGAAGCCCUUGUUUUUUCGUUUUGCAUCACUCUCUUUCCGUUUAUAGUUAUUGUCUGGUCUUAUAUUUCUAUUCUUCGGACUAUUUUCAAAAUGAUCACAAGCAAAGACAGACAUAAAACAUUUUCAACCUGUAGUUCUCAUCUAAUAGUGGUCAGCAUGUAUUAUGGAACUUUGAUAAUAAUGUAUGUGGUCCCUUCUAAUAAUCAGUCAUUUAAUGUCAACAAACUGUUGUCAUUAUUAUAUAUUGUGGUGACUCCAUUGCUAAAUCCUAUAAUAUACAGUUUUAAGAAUAGGGAACUAAGGAAUGCACUGCAGCAAUGUUUUCACAACAUGCCAUUAUGUGGAAAAUAUUGA